AUGGCAAGAAAAACUAUAGAAUCUGCUUCCAGAGUGCCGGCACCGGUUGUUUUACCAACUGAGGAGACAGUGCAAAAAAGGAUAAAACUGAAAAUGGUAGACUUAGAUGCCGAGAUUGCUAAAUUGAAUGUUCAAUCACUAGAGAGCAGUAUACAAAUGAUCAAAGAUUUGGACCAGAUGAAUGUAGAUGCUGUGCAAACCACUGCAGCUCUCGAAGAUCAAGAUGAGCAGCUUGACAGAAUCGAAGCGAACCUGAGCAAAGUGAUCGAUGACCUGAAUGUAGUUUCCCAUAACAUCACCGCAAUGGAACAUUACUGUGGCUGUGGAAUUUUUCGAAUUCUUUGUGCUCCAUUCAAAUAUUUUCGGAAACGAGAGCGUGACAUCAUAAAAGAAGAAGUUUUAGAAAAAAUGACGAGUCCGAACUUGCGACGAAAAGAAGAGAGAGACACCGUCAUGUUCAGAAGCUCUAAUAAACGAAGAGAGUCAACGGGGGACUUUAUGAAACGGCUGACUUGUGACACAAUUGAAGAUGAGCUGGAGAGAAACUUGAUGCAAAUCGACCAGGGUAUAGAAUCUGUCAAAAACCUUGCUGUUGAUAUGCACGUCCAACUGAAAAUUCAAGAACCGAAAUUGAACAGAAUCGAGGAACUGACCGAGACGAAUGAUUGUGUAGUGGAAGGUGUCAACGACAAAGUGAAAAAACUACUCCAUUAA